UGCGCAGGCGCAGAGCGGCCCCCAGAACGGAAGUGGAGCUGCAGCAGGGUGGUGGAGCGGGCGUGCGCUGAGGGCUGGGCGAGCGGCUGACAUGGCGCACUUGGGGCGGCUCCUGGUUCCCCUGGUGGUCCUGGUUGUGCUGCUCUGGGCGGUCCCCAGGGCCCACGGGCGGCGGAGCAAUGUGCGCGUCGUCACCGACGAGAACUGGACGUCGCUGCUGGAGGGAGAGUGGAUGAUAGAAUUUUAUGCACCGUGGUGCCCUGCUUGUCAAAAUCUUCAACCAGAAUGGGAAAGUUUUGCUGAAUGGGGAGAAGAUCUUGAGGUUAAAGUUGCAAAAGUGGAUGUUACAGAGCAGACAGGACUGAGUGGACGGUUUAUCAUAACAGCUCUUCCUUCUAUUUAUCAUUGUAAAGAUGGUGAAUUUAGGCGGUAUCUGGGCCCAAGGACUAAGAAGGACUUCAUAAACUUUAUAAGUGAGAAAGAAUGGAAGAGCGUUGAACCUGUUUCAUCGUGGUUUGGUCCAAGCUCUGUUCUGAUGACUACCAUGUCAGCACUGUUUCAGAUGUCUGUGUUCAUCAGGACUUCUCAUAGCUAUUUUGUUCAUGACCUUGGAAUCCCAGCUUGGGGCUCAUACUUGGUGUUUGCUUUUGCAACUGUGCUUUCUGGACUAUUACUAGGACUUUUUAUGAUAUUUGUGGCAGAUUGCUUUUGUCCUUCAAAAAGGCGCAAACCACAGACAAGUCAUUCCUUAAAAAAACCGUCACCAGAAUUUUCUCAGCCUUUGAAAAAAGUAGAGGAGGAACAAGAGGCUGACGAAGAAGAUGUUUCAGAAGAGGAAACAGAAAAUAAAGAAGGAGCAAGCAAAGAUACUUCACAGAGUGCCAUAAGACAGCGUUGUGUGGGCCCAUCGUUGGCCACAGAUAAAUCCUAAUUUUUACAGAUACCUUAAUAUUACAAUUUUGACAAAACAGAAGAUUGAUCAUUUCUUUGUUUUGAAGUGAACUGUGACUUGGCUUGUAUAUACAGUCUAGAUUGUCAUUAGAUUGAAAGCUUUCAUUCAGAAAAUAAAAGCAGUUAGAUGUAACAGUUUGAAAUAUGAUUUAAGAAUAUUAUGAUGGUUUAAACAGUUUAGUUUUGGAAGAUCUGGUGCCAAGCAGUAAAAUUUGUGUUUAUAUUUAGUAAUAACCUGUUUCAUGUUGAGAUAAAAAAGCCUUUCCCAAGAUUUACAUUACUACAGUAUUUAAGAAAACUACUUUAGAGAGAAAGAUUUCUCAUUUCAUACCAUUUUUCUCAGUUUCACUGUGUGAAAAAGGAACAUAUUUCCCAUAAGUGGGAACUUUGCCCAUUGGUUCAAGAUGUGUGUACUUCAUUGAUAAUGCUGUGCUUACAGUCCAAAAUUUCCUCAUAGUGUUUAGGUUGUACAACUAAUACAACUACCUUAAUCACAGUUUCUUUCUAUGUAUUGUAUUUAGGGUAUGCUGCUGUGUUAGGAAGUUUUUAUGAGUCCAUGCAUCUUCUUAAUUCCUCUGAGGGUUUAUUACCUGUUCUGGUCUCUUACCCACUAUGUGAUUUGUUCAUUUUUAAUUUGUCAUGGGUUACAUUCUUAAAUUGGAUGGUAUUAACAGUAUUACUGUUAUGUUUACUGUUGGCAAACUGUUUUUUGUUGUUGUUUUAACCCGAAAUUUACUGAGAGAACCAUCAAAUUGAACUGUUUACUUGAAAAUCUACAAAUUUGGCUAUACAUUCUGAUUUUACAUUAUUGUUGGUCUUGAAAUUUUCUUUGCUUUUUUUUCCCUUUGAUAUGAAAGUAGAAAUUCUUUGAUGUGGAAAAGCUUUGAUAGUUUCUAUUUUGGAAAUUCAAAGCUUAAUUUGAUAUAAAAUGAAGUCUGCAUUCUACUUCUGAAACAUCUUCUGCUCUAUGUUUUCAGCAUAUCUUUGUCCUCAUAGAGUCCUCAACUCAUUUUAUAGUCAGCAUAUUGUUUUGUGUUUUAAAGUCAUACUACUUUAUUAUUUUAAAAAAGACAUUUUAUAUUCUGUUCUUUACUGCUAGUAUUGUGGAUUUCACAAGGAAGAAUCAGCAAGAUGAAAUACCUAGAUUGCAUCUUACAGCAAGGGAAGGGUAUGAUGGAGGACAUCUUAGCUUUGGGAAGGGGAAAACCAAGUACUAAAUACUCAGAAUGAGUCCUCAGCCUUUCUGUAGUACGUGGUUUCUGUAAUGCCUCACCUCAUAAUGUUCUGCAGUGUGAGUUCCUGAGACUUGCAGAUCAUAUUGUAGUGUAAUGUACAACAGCUUUCUUUCCAGGCUUCACCUUUAUAAUACUAAAUGUGCUGUCAGAGUUUGGAUGUGUAGUUUGUGGUGGCUUAGAAAAAUAUUCUGAGCACAAAAUAAAUGUUUUUAAGCACUUCA